GAUUUUGCUCAUAUAUUCAUAGAUGUAUAAUACUUGCGUUGUUUGUUGGCUUCCGUUUCCUUUCUGUAAAGUUUGUGUUGCUGUUUAAUCAUCAUGAAAGCCAAAGGAGAGUUGAAGGAAUAUGAAGUUAUCGGUCGUAAAUUACCAACGGAGAAAGAAACCACAACUCCUUUAUACAAAAUGAGAAUAUUUGCUCCCGACCCUAUUGUAGCCAAAUCCAGAUUUUGGUAUUUUUUACGUCAGCUAAAGAAAUUCAAAAAGUCAACUGGUGAAAUUGUAUCUGUGAAACUAAUUCCCGAAAAGACUCCCAUUAAGAUAAAAAAUUUCGGCAUUUGGCUGAGAUAUGACUCCAGGUCUGGAACGCAUAACAUGUACAGAGAGUACAGGGAUGUCUCUGUGUCGGGUGCAGUAACACAAUGUUACAGAGAUAUGGGUGCACGCCAUAGAGCUAGAGCUCAUUCUAUUCAGAUCAUUAAAGUAGAGGUAGUUAAAGCUGCCGUUUGCAGAAGACCACAAGUAAAACAAUUCCACGAUUCAAAAAUACGUUUUCCACUCCCUAAACGUAUUCAAGGAAGUCGCAAAUUGAACAGGUUUUCAGUUCGUAAACCGAGAACAUACUUCCUUUAAAUCAUUUAAUAAUGGCAAGAAAUAUAUUAACUGAGAAAUCUU